AUGUUCUCGUACGUCGGAGCACCGAAAUCAUAUCUGCUCGGCUUCGAGCCAAUGGAUAGGUAUCAUACUCGUGCUCUCGACCGUCCUUGUAUUGGGUUUGCAAUCUUAUGGUCGAAGACCCCAACCCAACCACUUACCUUCGCCUCGACUGGAGAUCCCGCUAAAAUCCGCGACACUAACAAUCCUGGAGACGCAGCUGCAUCCACGCACAAGCCCGUCGCGAGCGGGUUACGCUCAGCCAUCCAGCAUCUACGCGCCAGUGGUGGAGGCGGAUUCAGUUUCAUCGGUGGAAUGCUCCUGGCCACCCGGCCGGUAGGCUGGGUCCGACUUGUGAUCGCCGACAACUCCCCUCGGAGCCCUUAUCGGCGAAUGCUCGGCUUCAAACACUGGCCUCGCAUCGCCCAUGCAGCUGCGUUGAACAGUGCUGUCAUAUGUAUGGUGUUCUAUCUGCAUCAUAUUGCCGUCAGGCUCGCUGGUUUGGUCGUUAUGAGCGCGUUUACUGUCAGGCAUGCAUCUGCAGUGCUUCUGAGGCUUCUCGUGUUCUUCGAUAGCGUUCUGUCGCUUGUAUUGUUCGCGGUGGUCUCCCUGCCUGCGAGGGCGAUUUUUGCCCGCAUCGCCGCCUCGAUGCUGCCCGAGGAUAAUCCAAUCGUGCCUUUCGAGCGCCUGUUUGGCGGCAAGUUGCAGCCCGAGAUUGGGGAGAGCAGCAGCGGAUUUGGGGACGGCACGCUUAGAAUCAGGGAUGCCUGGGCCACGUUCAACGGUAUGCUCGCAUUCGCUACUUGA